UGUGAGGAGGGAAUAGUAGGAAAUAAUUUCUUUUUGGAAGGUACCUACUCUCUCGCGUGUUACUACAAAAGCAGAUGUAACGGAUGAACGAUCAUCAGUCGAUCGGUUGAAUGUAAAUCGAAUGAAGAUGAACAGAGUAAUAUUUUUGGUGUGUGGAUUGUGCGCUUUAGUUGCUGGCCAAAACAUAAUCAAUAAAAACGAUGUUAGUAAGAGGAGUACGCACAAUACCGACAGUAGCCAAGGAGUACAACUCAGCCAAGGAACGACUGAUCAAGGAACACUCGACCAAGGAAAACUUGACCAAGGAGGAUACGAUCAAAGCGCAUACGGACAAGGUGUGCCCCUAGAACAAGGAACGCUGCAAAACGAUCAAGCAACACAUGGAAAUGCAGUAGCAGUAGAUCAAGGGACGCUCGACCAAAGCGCAUAUGGACAAUCAGUGCAGCUAAUCCAAGGAUCGCACGACCAAGGUGCAUAUGGACAAUCAGUUCAACUUAAUCAAAUAACACACGACCAAGGAACAUAUGAACAAGCAGUACAGAUAAACCAAGGGACAUACAAACAAGCUAUAAACGUUCAAGGAUCGUACGAUUUGCAAGGCACUCAAGUCCAAGAGGCACACAGUGAGAAUACAUCGGACGGGCCCCCGAAAAUCCAAUACCAGGAGGUCGAAAAGGAGGUGGUCCAACCGUACCCGGUCGAAGUUGAGAAACACGUACCGUACCCGGUAAAGGUCGAGGUGCCCGUCGACCGCCCCUACCCGGUUCACGUGCCCAAGCCGUAUCCGGUGCCGGUGGAUAAGCCCGUCCCGUAUGAAAUCAAAGUCAAUGUGCCAGAACCGUACACUGUCUACAAGCAAAUCCCGUAUGAAGUCAAGGUACCCGUCGACAAACCGUACACCGUCCACGUGCCCAAACCAUACACUGUUUUGGUCGAAAAGCGCGUACCUUACGAAGUCAUCAAACACGUACCUUACCACGUCGGUGUGUUCGUCGACAGACCAUACCACGUGUUCAUGCCCUACGAGAAGCACGUACCGUACAUGGUGGAGAGGCCGAUUCCAUACCCGAUCAACGUUCCAGUCGACCGGCCGUACCAGGUGAUCGUCGAGAAGCACGUACCAUACACCGUGCAUAAACCCGUCCCGUACGUCGUGCACAAGCCCGUCCCGUACCAGGUAAAGUUCCCGCUGAGAAUCGAAGUCCCGGUACCGUACCAUACGGCUGGUACUCAAACGGAAAGGCCCUUUUCGUACGAUUCGUGGAUGCCGUACCGCAAUGAAUUCUCUGGUAAAAAACCCGGACACUAUUUUGAAAAAAGUUUAAACUAUCAUGGUUAUGAUCAUAAAUUUUUUUCCAUAACGAUGACGGUAAUAUUCUGGAGAAUGACGUACGUCGUCGGGCUGUGCGCAUUUGUCGCUGGCGGAGUGGAGUUGCAGACCAACAAGACCGAGGAGAACGCUACGGUGACGCCGACAGCGGCAGCGACGAUGACAACAAUGACGGACGACGGCAAAGGACACGAAAAGCGAGGCGUCUUUGACACCGGUUACGGUUAUGGGGCCACCAGUUUCAGUAACGUGGUAAGCGGUCCACACUUCCAGCACGGGCACGAGCAGCGAGUGGUCAUUGCCAAAACCAUCAUCAAGGAGGUCGCCCAACCGUACCCUGUCGAAGUUGAGAAACGCGUGCCGUACCCGGUAAAGGUCGAAGUGCCCGUCGACCGCCCUUACCCGGUGCACGUGCCCAAGCCAUAUCCAGUCCACGUGGACAAGCCCGUCCCGUAUGAGGUCAAAGUCAACGUGCCGCAACCGUACACCGUCUACAAGCACGUCCCGUACGAAGUCAAGUACUCGGUAGACAAACCGUACACCAUCCACGUGCCCCAACCGUACACCGUUUACGUCGAAAAGCGCGUACCUUAUGAAGUCGUCAAACACGUCCCUUAUCCCGUCAAGGUGUUCGUGGACAAGCCGUACACUGUGCAGGUGCCCGUUGACAAACACAUACCGUACACCGUCGAAAAGCCCGUACCCUAUCCAGUCAAAGUACCAGUAGAUCGCCCGUACCAGGUAACCGUCGAGAAGCACGUUCCGUAUCCCGUCGAAAAACCUGUACCUUAUACAGUCGAGAAACGAGUGCCGUAUCCGGUCAAAGUUCCUGUCAAAGUUGAAGUCCCAGUGCCUUAUGAAGUAAAAGGUCACGAACAAAAAUUAUUUUGGCCAACGCUGCGUAAAGAAAAAGUAGAACAACAGCAACAACAGUACGAACCUGAAGAACAAGUGCAACACCAACAGUACGAAUCCGAAGAACAAUCUCAACCACAACAAUAUAAAUCAGAAGUACAGUCACAAGCACAGCAGUACGUACCUGUAGAACAAUCUCAACCACAACAAUUUAAACCAGAAGUUCAGACACAACCACAACAAUACGAACACGAAAAACAAUAUCAACCACAACAAUACGAACCCGAAGAACAGUCGCAACCACAACAACAGUAUGUGCACGAAGUAAAACCACAACAACCACAACAACAAUAUGAAAAUGAAGAACAAUCGCAACCACAACAGCAGUAUGUGCACGAAUUAAAACCACAACAACCACAACAAUAUGAAAACGAAGAACAGUCGCAACCACAAAAGCAGUAUGUAUACGAAUUAAAACCACAUCCACAACAACAGUAUGAAAACGAAAGACAGUCGCAACCACAACAGCAGUAUGUGCACGAAUUAAAACUACAUCAACAACAACAAUAUGAAAACGAAGAACAACUACAAAAGCAAGAUGAUAGCGCUGAACAAGCACAACAGUCUGACGAACACUCAGAACAAUCGCAGCAACAAGGCGAACCAAUAAUUAUCGAUAACUUUUUUAAUUAUUUUUUACUAGUCAUAAGUCAUAACUAUAUUGUCUAUAUUAUUGUAUUGUUUUUGUUAGGUUAGGUAUUGUGUCACAGUUACCGAAACCAAAAUAUGUAUUCAACGAUAUAAUGUACUUACCUCGGUUGAUAACGAAUUGUAUGUAAAUAGAUAUAUCUAAUGAAUAAUCAAAUAAAGACUU